AUGGACGUCGAGGGCGAAGUGUCUGAUGAAAGCGAAGUGUCCGAGUCAGAUUUUGAUGAUGAUCACGAUGAGAUCGAUGGUGUUGUCGGAAACGAAUGGGGAAGGAAAAGAAAGGAUUUUUAUGGAACGGAAUAUGUUGACGAGGAUUGGGGAGGGAUGCGCGAAGAAGAACUUGAAGAUGCGGAGCUUGAAGAAGAAGACGCGGCUGGUAGACAGGCUGCUCUGGAUAAGGCAGCCGCUGUGACAGCUGAUUUGUUUGAAGAGCAAGAACACACCGAAGGGCCGCAGACGGUAAUCAAGGAAACUGCCGUGGAAUGGGAAUUUGCAGCAGUUAAAAAGCUUAACAAGCGCACUGUCGAAAUUCUCGGAGAGUACCGUAGAAGGAAAGAUUUAAUGAAAGUGGUUGUGAAUCCACUGAUCCCUUUGAUAGGAAUGCUCCCACCCGCUUCAACUAUUCGUAAACAGCUGCUGAUGGUGUUUGAUGUGUACUCACGGUACAUAAUGAACAUGAUGUUCUACUUAACUCUGAAAGCCGAUUCUUUCUCAGAGAAAAAGGUGUCGGAUGAGGCCAUAGACGCGCAUCCCGUAAUGGGGACGAUCAAUAGAUUUUCAGAGAUGAUAAAGAAAGUUGAUGCUUUCCUUGAUAAAAAUGCGAGCUCUCUGAAGAAGAUGAUCAAGAAAGCAUCGGUUGGAAAACUUCUCGAGUCUGUUUCACUGGAACCUCCAACCAAAAUCGUGCCUGAGACUGAAGCAGCUCAGACAAUGGAGCAGAGUUCAGAGGUACCGCUUGAUACUGAGGAGGACUCGGUUACCUUAGAAGAGCGAAGAAAAGCUGAUAAAAGGAUAGAAAAGAACAGCGCACCAGAUUUGAAAAAGAGGAAGAAGAAAGAAGCCAGAAUAGCAAAGACAAAGAACCGUAAACGUUAUAAGGAAGCUGUGAAAAAAGUGCAUUCGCAAGUUGGUACAUUCCGCAAAGAAUUGGAGAAGUAUACUGGUGAAUCGAGAGGCAUUCGCAUAAGUACGAUGGUUAAAAAGUAUGCAUAUAUAAAUGAUGAACGUUUGGGGAAUGUAUAUUUUCCUAUAGCAGCUGCAUGUAUAUCUGGAGAGUGCACUGAUCUUCGCGAAAAAUUUACGCCUGACGAGGAAGUUAUAUUCACAGCGCAGAAGCAAGCACAACCUCAGAACGACUGUCAAUUUGUUGCGACGUCAGUGAUAAAGAAACGUGAAUUGAUACCAGUAUCUGGAAAAAUAUGUGAAAUUUACGACAAAUAUUGUUACGCUGAAGUUAAAAAAUAUGGACGCGUUUUCGUACCUUAUUCGGCUAGAAACGAUUUCAACAAACUUAAUAAACCAUGGUUGGGUUAUGGUGCCGAAAUGGAUAAAGUAAUUCAGUUGAAAAUUUUUCGCCAACCAGAUAUCAAAAAUUGUCGAUAUGUUGCUUGGAGUAUAAAUAUGAAUCUUGUAGAUGAAAAGAAAGGCUUUGAAAAAGUGCCGGAUACGGCCAAUGGUCAGAUCGGUGUUAUUGUUAUUGUCCCAUCGGAUGGAGAUUUAACCGUGUACUCCUCGCAAUCUGGGAAAGCAACGUUGCCAUCAUACUUGCGUGAAUCGUGGAUGAGUAUUGGGACUUGCAUUCGUUAUGAUGUUGUUAAACAUAUUGAUGCGGAGUCACGAGCUAUAUGGAUCGUACGAAAUGUUGAAAAUUUAGGACUGUUAUAUGAAAUUGUUGCUGAUAAUAAGGAUCCAUGCAAAUUAUUGUUACGUCUAAAUGCUGUGGUUAAUCGAGUAUCGUCUAGUACGCAUAAUGCAUGGUUAUGGAACGAUAUUAUUGGUAGGAUUUUUGUCCCUACGCAGCAGUUCAGCCAUCGCUUACGUGCAAUGGUCUGCGUGAAGAUAGUUGCAUCAUGGACCGGUACAUUUGAAGAUGUUCCGUGGACUGCUACAGAUUUAGAGGUGCUUGGUGAUGAUGCUGCUGUACGCGUUCAAAAUGCGUCAUUACUGCAGACAGAUGAUAAUUGGACGGUUAAUAUUAUUAGGGAGGUUUCAAAUGUAAAUACAAAUCAGCCCACAUUUUUUGGAUUUAUCAGUAAUCCUAAGCAUGGCUCUGCUUUUAUCGCAUGGACAGAUUUAACGCAAGGUGAUACGCCUCCUGCCCCGGAUACCAAGUGCAGAGCUACCGUGUUUUUCCAAUCUCGAAAUGGUAAGCACUCUUGGAGAGCUGUGCUCGUAACGCCAUUGGGUAGCGAUGGUUUUCCUAUCUGGCAACAUCCGCUAUAUAAUCAUUCGGGACGGCUUUCUCUUCCGGAACAUCCGUUCAAGCUGCCGCCUCCGACGUUGCCUUCGGUAGGAACGUUACCAGUCAGCGGUCCUUUACCACCAUUAGACGAAGCUAAGAAACAGGACAGGUUUUUCGCACCUGCGGUUUCCAACACUCUCGAAAAUAUGUCACCUUUGUCAUCGAUUAUCAGCGAAUCCCCUGAAAUAUCGCCAGCUCCAUGCCUAUUCUCGUCUGACGUCUCUGAUGGUUAUUUGAACCAGGACAUACUCGAUCACCUAGACCUUGGCAAAUAUACUUCCUGCCUAUUUCCACACACCAAUAAUGAUCGCAUAUGGGCAACGACGAAGCCGCUGAGUGUGUUCCCGUCAUCUUUGACAACGACCGAGCCUCUUCUAACGCCAGCUUCUCGUUUGUCGCCCACCUCGCCUACAAGUAGCGAUGCGGCAACGCAAACUGAUAUUAUGUCUGAGCAGGAGGUGUUAAAGGAUAUUAUGGAUAAUAAGGAUUUGUUUUUUAAGGUUGCGGAAAGCCUUCCCCAGCAUUAUAAUAGGCUGAUGGAUAUACGUUUACAGAGGAUUUGA